AUGAAUAUUGAUCAUUUGUAUAUUUCCUUUGUUUUCCAAAAUGAUAAAGCCCUCAUUUUCUUUAUUUUCCCUUUAAAGAUCUCUGAUGAUGAGGAUGACACUCACCCCAAUAUUGACACAGCCAGCUUAUUUCGCUGGCGUCAUCAAGCACGAAUUGAGAAAAUGGAAAAGGCUGAGAAGGAUAAGAAGCAGUUUGAAGAAGAAUUGAUGAAACUUGAACUUGAGAAGCAACAUCUUGAAGAGAGACUAAAAGAUGCAGAUAAUGUGCCAACAGAAGAAAUGGAAGAAUUGCAGUUGAAAAAACAUGAGCUAGAAGAUCAGGAAAAGAAAUUUCGUGAAAAAGAAGAAAUGUUAAAAAAAGAAGAAAAGCUUCGACCCUGGAAUGUUGAUACAUUAUGUAAAGAGAAAGAAUCUAAAACUUUAAUCAAUCCAAGCAAACCACUAGUGGAAGAGGAAAUAUCAGAGGAAGACAAAGGGAUCCGACAGGAGCAGUUCAACAAGAAAUACCGAAAAGAAUUGCGACAUUUUGGAAUGCUAAAGAAAAGUGAAGACAGCAAAGAGUUUCUUAGAGAAAAUAGUAACCUUGUAUGUGAAGAAACAGCAAACUAUUUGGUUAUGUGGUGUAUUGAUUUGGAAUUGGAAGGAAAAGAAACGUUGAUGGAGCAUGUUGCUUACCAAACAAUUGUGAUGCAAUUUAUUUUGGAACUCUCCAAACAUAUGAAGAAAGAUCCACGUGAUUGUGUUCAAGCUUUCUUUAAUAGAAUGUCCAGUUGUGAAUCUCUGGCUGACCGUCAACAGUACAUGACAUCAUUCAAUGAAGAAUUGGAUGCAUUUAAAAACAGAGUGCGGGCUUUGGCUAAAAAGAGGCUUGAUGAAGCCAAAAGACAAAUUGAAGAGGAGGAAAGACAGAAAAGGUUAGGACCAGGUGGCUUGGAUCCUGUUGAAGUAUUUGAGCAGCUGCCAAAAGAUCUUCAAGAAUGCUUUGAAACCAAAGAUAUCCAGAAAUUAACAGAAACAAUAAAAAAGAUGGAUCCUAAAGAAGCAGAACAUUACAUGAAGAUGUGUGUAGACUCAGGUUUGUGGGUGCCUGAUGCCAACAAAAAUGCUGAGCCGGCAGAUGACGUGUAUGAAAAAAUUGAGGAGAAAAUCUCAGUGGAAGAAAGUAACAAAUAA